GUCAACCUCGACACCCUCGAGCCGCAGCAGCUCGCGCAGGUCAAGAAGCAGCUCGAAGAAGAGCUCGAGCACCUGACGAGCUCCUUUGCGCAGCUCCACGGCGCGCAAAACAAGUUCAAGGAGUGCCUCCGAUGCGUACAGGCCCGAGCCGCCGAUAGCAAAGGCUCGAAAUCCGUCUUGGUCCCUCUGACCAACUCCCUCUACGUCAGCGGCGAGUUGACGAGCACCGAGACCGUCCUGGUGGACGUGGGCACAGGCUUCAUGAUCGAAAAGAAACUGAAAUCGGCGGAAAAGUUCUACGACUCAAAGGUCAAGGAAGUAGGCGGCAAUCUCAAGGAGCUCGAGGUAAUUGUUCAAAGGAAACAGAUGAACGUCCGCACAAUAGAAGAG